AUGGAAAACUACAACACACCAAAAGCAGCGGGAAAACAGACCAAAAAGGAGGUGCGAACCUUACUUUGUAUCUAUUCAGAGGACAAGAUUCAGAGAGUUACAGUCAAAGGUGUUGUGGGUCAGAGUGUGACUCUCCCUCAGAAAAAGAUCUGUGCUCCCAAAGGGACAGACGUGAAGAUUCCCUGUGGUUACAAAAUAUGGCACAAUCAGAAAGUCCAGUCAAAACGAUGGUAUCGGGUAGGAGGAUCUGGAGUGGAUCUGAAAAAGGACAGAGAGUAUCAAAGUCGCAGUGUGGAGGAGUGCUGGAGUAUCACUUACAGUCAUGAGAAUAUUUGUGCUUUGAGAGGCUCAUCAGUGGACCUGUCCUGUUCUUACACAUACCCAGCCUGGCACACAGUGACUACAACUCUGUGGUAUAAUACAUGGCAGUACUGGGUAGAGCCCACAGACCUGAGUCUGGAUGAAGACUAUGAGGGUCGUGUGGAGUUCAGAGGGGACAAGAAGAGUGACUGCACUCUGAGAAUAAGAGAUCUGAGAGAGAGUGAUGCACGAAAUUAUAAAUUCAGAUUUUUGACCAACCAGAAAGGAGGAGUAUAUUCAGGUACAAGUGGAGUCAGUCUGUCCAUAACAGAUCUACAGGUGGGUGUCUCUAAUAUGAGGGAGGGACAGAGAAUAACAUUGACCUGUAACACCUCCUGCUCUCUGAGUGACAACCCUACAUACAUCUGGUACAAGAACAGACAGUCUGUAACUAACAGGCAAACAAACAGCAACCACCUGAUCUUGAAUGAUGUCAGUACUGCAGAUGCUGGCAGCUACUCCUGUGCUAUUAAAGGACUUGAGAAUCUACGAUCCCCCUCAGUCUAUUCUCCAAAGAACCCCACAGUAUCAGUCAGUCCCUCUGGUGAAAUAGUGGAGGGCAGUUCAGUGACUUUGACCUGCAGCAGUGAUGCUAACCCAUCAGUUCACACAUACACCUGGUAUAAGAAGAAUGGAGCUGAAACCUCACUGAUGAGAUCAGGACAGAAUUACAGUAUCACUAACAUCAGCUCUGAGGACAGUGGACAGUACUACUGUAGCACUGAGAAUACUUUGGGCUCAAAUAACUCUACCUUAUUUACCGUGGAUGUCUUAUAUCCUCCUAAGAACACAUCAGUGUCUGUCAUUUCCUCUGGCAGUUCAGUGACUCUGAUCUGCAUCAGUGAUGCCAAUCCAGCAGUGCAUAAUUACGCCUGGUUUAAAAAGACUGGUGAUAAAAGCAUUCCUGUUGGGACAGAAAAGAAUUUAACUUUGACUUCAGGGGACGACAGUUUAUAUUACUGCAUGGCCAACAAUACAGUGGGAUCAAGAACAUCUGCUCCUAUAAUUCAAGGUACACCUCCAGAAGUGUUUGUCAAUCACAUUUAUGAAAUAAAUCGCAAGAGAAAAUUCAGCCCACACAGAGAGACCAGAGCCCAAGAUGAUGACAGACAGGAUGACCCGGUCCCUCUUUAUGCCAACAUCAACUCUGCGCUGGCUGUGACCUCUGACUCCACACAGGGAGAGGAUUCAGACAGUCAGGACUACACUAACUGUAUUCAGCUCAGUCAAUCUGACAUUCCUCUGUACUCAACACUCCAACUGCCUCACGGCAGCAGACAGCAGGAGGGAGCUCCAUAUGCCACUGUGAACUUCAUCAGGACCAGUGCUGCCACCCGGAGAGAGGAUACAGCAGUGAUCUACUCUACAGUCCAGAACCCAACAGCAGGAGUGGAGCACUAA